AUGUUGUUCCUAACUUCGAUUUUAUUGUUGGUCUUUGCCAACUUAUGUUCAUCCGUUGAAGUGAAUCCAUGUGAUUCCACGUGGCAUUAUUACAAUAAGACUGGAUGCUGUUAUAAGACUUCUACUGACUUGGGAACGUGGUUUGAUGGAUCAGCAAUUUGUGCAAAGAUGCAUGUUGGAGCUCAUUUAGCAUCACUCCGAAAUGAAGAUGAAUCUAAAUUCGUUGCAAAAACACAUAGAAAUGGACUCGAUGGAAUUCACGCAUGGACAGGUCUUUCUCAAACUCAAAAUGCGAACAACUGGACGUUCACUGAUGGUUCCAAACCAUGGUCUUCAUUUAUGACUCCCUACAUUUUCCCUAAUAACCACACAAGUUGCGUGGAAAUCGUAGACAAUUGGCUGGUGGAACUGUUUCAAAAUACUGGAAAAACUCAACCGACAUUCUGCUAUCAUUAUCGGAAAUCAUUGUGCAAGUAUUGUCCAGUUCCAGUUGUUCCAACAAUUAUAACUACAACUACAGUAAGAACUCCUGCUGCUAGAAUUGAAAAAGCUCAUCCGAGAAGUAAUCAACCGGAGUUGGUUUCUGGAUGUUCAUCUGGUUUAGCUGCGAAUCAAGUACCUGUGAUACCGGUGUCUAAUGCCACUACGCCAGUUCCAACUACAACAAAGACAACAAAAGCUGGAAUUAUUUCAGCUGCUUCGCUGCAUACUCAAAACGGAAAUCAAUCGAAUAAAACUCGGUCAAUAUAG